AUGUAUGCUAUAGGUCGACAAGUACCUUCGUAUCAUCAAUUAGGUUUCGCUCAUGGUAUCCAAUGUGCCGUGCUGGAUGCUAUAUAUAAAAAGAAUCAAGAUGAUCAAGAAGAAGAGGAUGAAUCUGUAGGUAACAAAGAGGAAGCAAAUGAGGAUACUGACUCUAACAGUGAUAGUGAAGGAGGAGAAUUUGUAGUUGAGCAACAUCUGAACAGAGGCCGAGACCUAUAUUUAUACAGGGAUGUGCAUUUAAAAAUGUAA